AGUUGGAACACUGUCUGCAGGACAAAUGAGAAGCAGGGAAAUUGUGUAUUACAAACGAGGAGCGAAAUGAAGGCACAUGGCUUAGAUGCAGCUCCUGAGUAGAAAUGCAAGACCAGCGUGGUUCCACAAAGAUGACUUCGCAGAGGCCUUUCCCUGUGGAUGACUUCAGUAUCUACUACAUCCUCUCAGAGUGUUCAGAUCACUAUAACAGCUUUGCAGACAAUGAGGCUGAGAAGAACCAGCCCCAUUUCCAGGGGGUGACUGGCCUACGGAACCUGGGCAACACAUGCUACAUGAACGCCAUCUUGCAGUGUCUCUGCAGCAUUUCGCCGCUGGUGGAGUACUUUCUCUCUGGAACGUACAUGACUGCUCUUCAGAAAGACUGCAGUGAGGUUGCCACUGCUUUUGCCUACGUGAUGACAGACAUGUGGCUUGGAGACUCAGGCUGUGUCUCACCAGAAAUAUUUCGGUCAGCUCUUGGCAGCCUGUAUCCAGCGUUUAUGAAAAAGACACAACAAGACGCCCAGGAGUUCUUGAUUUAUGUCUUGAAUGAACUUCACGAAGCUCUGAAAAGGUACCAGCGCAGGAGAUCGUAUGAGAAAGGCUCUGCCCUGAGGUGCAGCAGGAAGAUGGUCACCAGCGAGUCCUCCAUCAUCACCCGGCUGUUCGAAGGGCAGCUCAGCUACAGCAUCAUGUGCCUGAAGUGUGAGAACUGCACCUACAAGAACGAGGUCUUCACUGUCCUCUCCCUCCCGAUCCCCUCCGAGUACGAAUGUUCCCUUCAGGACUGUCUUCAGUGUUUUUUCCAACAAGACACACUGACCUGGAACAACCAAAUUCACUGCUCCUUCUGCAAAACUAAGCGAGAAACAGCUGUGAGGGCCAGUAUCUCCAAAGCUCCCAAAAUAAUCAUCUUUCACUUAAAAAGAACCACUUUGGUGAUCUGGAUGGUGGGCACUACACUGCUUUCUGCAAGAACUCAGUUACCCAGGCCUGGUACAGCUUUGAUGACACAAGAGUCAGUGAGAUUCCAGACACUGCAGUUCAAACUGCUACAGCCUAUCUCCUGUUUUACAGCUGCCAACCCUUUUCCAUACCUAUACACAAAUGCAGGAGCUAGGAGAAGAGUGUUUCCUGAAAAUUGCAAACAAAUGCAACCAGAAACUGGUAGUAAGUUCUGUUUUGUCAUUAAACUCGUGCAACUCAUAUCACUGGAACGAAGUCUUUCUGCUAUGAUCCACAUAAUACACAUCCUUUUUACAAGGCAAGUCAUGUACCAAAGGAAAUGGGGCCUGGCUCACUGGAAAAGGCAGCAUGGACAGAAUGCCGUGCUAUUGAAGAGGGGCAGAUUCUAUAUUGAGUUCAGGCCUGAAUUCAGCAUUAAUUUCAGUGUAUUUUUAAUCAUAAAGUCUCAUUAAAUAUAUCUAAGAAAUUACCUUCCAAAGGUACUUUAUGAAGCUAAACUCAAGUAUCUUUUGUCUGAUCAGUUCUGUGAGCUUAAGAAUAUGAUUUGAAAGUAUUAGAAACUUACACAGCUUUUGGCUAAAUUAUCUCAGACUAAGAGCAGAAUAAGAAAAACUGUCACCUUCACAAUUUUGUGAAAACCGUCUUUCACCUUCUUCUCCCUGAGAGUCCUACUGGAGACAGCUUUCAGAGGCUCCUUUUCAACCUUCCUUUCACUGGAUCAUUUCUGUUGACUUCCAAGUUCCUGAGGUGAGUGAACACACUAAGCUCCUCUGUGCUUUCUAACAAAUCACUCUGUAAAGACAGCGCUCGCCUUGCAAUUAUUUCUGAUUUCUAGUCCACCUUAUCUGAAUCCUAAGAAUUCUGUUUCUCUUGAUGGAAUGAAUCAGGGUGCUGUUCUAACUUACUCUGACUCCCAGCUCUGAGAAUCUUAAGUGCUACGUGUGGUCCUAGUGCCUAGGGGAAGCAAGUCCUGCUACAACAGAAUAAAUACAAAUUUAAAUCACUGUAGUGGACUACGUAUCUGGGUAUAUAAAAAUCUGUAUUUCUAUGCUGCUCUAUUUUUGAUAAUAUAAAAUUAAUGACAGAACACUAUAAAGGGUUUUAAAUUAUUUUUCUCGUUAAGAUUUUAAUAUAAGUGUAAAUGAAAAUUAUUAUUUAAAAAAUUAAA